AUGCAAUCAACAUCGUCAUCGUCGGCGUCGCCGGAGGUUAUUCUCGAAUGGCUUCACAAGGAAAUGGGAUACCGACCUCUCGGUCAGUACUCCGGCGGCGGGAAGUCCCAUUCGCCGUCAGUUGAGUCGAUCCGGAAGGUUUGUCGCGGGAACAUGAUUCCGGUUUGGAAUUUCCUCGUCACGCGCGCGAAGUCGGAGAAGACGGUGCGGAAUGUUCGCCGGAAUAUCACCGUUCACGGUGACGGAGAUGGGGAUGGUUCUACGGGGAGGAAGAAGGAGAGGAUGAUGUCCGGGGAGGGUUCGGGUUCGGCUUUGAUGGAGAGGGAUUUGGCGGCGAAGGAGGUGGAGAGGCUGAAGAACGUUGUGAGGAGACAGAGGAAGGAUUUGAGAGCCAGGAUGCUUGAGGUUUCGAGGGAAGAGGCGGAGAGGAAGAGGAUGCUUGAUGAACGCGCCAAUUACAGGCAUAAGGAAGUGAUGUUGGAGGCCUAUGACCGUCAAUGUGAUGAAGCUUCAAGAAUAUUUGCUGAAUAUCAUAAACGUCUCGGUUACUAUAUAAGUCAAGCAAAGAAUGCUCAAAGAUCUGAUGUGGAUUCUUCCAUUGAGAUGACAAAUAGUUUUAGUGCAAAAAAUGAGAAGGAAUCUGUUUAUUCUACUGUUAAGAGCAGUAAAUCUACAGAUGAUGUCAUUGUCAUUGAAACCACAAGGGAAAAGAAUAUUAGAAAGGCUUGUGAAUCUCUUGUAGCUUACAUGGUUGAAAAAAUACAGAGUUCUUUUCCUGCUUACGAAGGAAGUGGCGUUCUUUCAAAUCCUCAGGCAGAAACAGCGAAAUUGGGGUUUGAUUUCGAUGGGCAAAUUCCGGAUGAGGUUAGAACAGUUAUUGUGAAUUGCCUAAAGAGUCCUCCGCUAUUGCUUCAGGCAAUUACUGCAUACACUUCUCACUUGAAAAGUCAAAUUUCCAGAGAAAUAGAGAAAAUUGAUGUUAGAGCUGAUGCAGAGAUCUUGAGGUACAAAUAUGAAAAUAACAUAGUUAUGGAUGUUUCCUCUCCUGAUGGUAGCUCUCCUCUACAGUAUCCACUUUAUGGAAAUGGAAAACUUGGGGUUGAUGUGCCUCCAGGAGGAAGUCAAAAUCAGCUUCUUGAAAGACAGAAAGCUCAUGUUCAGCAGUUUUUGGCUACUGAAGAGGCACUAAACAGUGCUGCAGAAGCAAGAGACUUGUGUGAAAAACUUAUAAAACGCCUGCAUGGAGGCACUGAUGUUACUUCGCGUUCAUCUCAGAAUAUUGGAAGUCUUAGGCAACUUCAGGUAGAUGUUUGGGCAAAGGAAAGAGAAGUUGCUGGUUUAAAGGCAAGUUUAAACACCUUAAUGUCUGAAAUACAACGCUUGAACAAGUUAUGUGCUGAGAGGAAAGAAGCCGAAGAUUCUCUUAAAAAGAAGUGGAAAAAGAUUGAAGAGUUUGAUUCUCGUAGAUCAGAACUUGAAUCCAUAUACACGGCACUCCUUAAAGCAAAUACGGAUGCGGCUUCAUUUUGGAGUCAACAACCAUUAACUGCAAGGGAGUAUGCUUCAAGCACUAUAAUUCCAGCAUGUUCUGCAGUUUUUGAGACUUCAAAUAAUGCAAAGGAUCUUAUUGAGAAAGAAGUGUCUGCAUUUUAUCGGAGUCCAGAUAAUAGCCUCUACAUGCUCCCUUCUUCACCACAGGCACUGCUUGAGGCCAUCGGGUCCAGUGGCUCAUCUGGACAGGAAGCAGUUGCAAAUGCAGAAAUAAGCGCGGCUAUUUUGACAGCAAAAGCUGGUGCCCGGGAUCCGUCGGCAAUUCCAUCAAUAUGUCGUGUUUUGGCUGCACUUCAGUAUGCUGCUGGCUUGGAAGGUUCCGAUGCUGGUCUAGCAUCCAUACUGGAAUCGCUGGAGUUUUGUUUGAAACUUCGUGGUUCAGAGGCCAGUGUUUUGGAAGAUUUAUUAAAGGCUAUUAAUCUUGUUCAUAUUAGACGGGAUCUUGUUCAAAGUGGUCAUGCCUUGUUGAAUUAUGCCUACCGUGUUCAACAGGAACAGGAAAGGACAACAAAUUUUUCUUUAAAUUUGGCUGCAGAACAAGAAAAAGCUGUAAUGGAAAAAUGGUUGCCUGAACUCAGGACUGGUGUUUUGAAUGCUCAACAGAGCUUGGAAGACUGCAAAUAUGUCAGGGGACUGCUUGAUGAGUGGUGGGAGCAACCAGCAUCGACAGUUGUUGACUGGGUAACGGUGGAUGGGCAAAACGUAGCUGCAUGGCAUAAUCAUGUAAAGCAGCUUCUUGCAUUUUAUGAUAAGGAGCUACUAUUGUGA